CUGCGAGUGACUACCAAAAGCGGUGGCCAUAAUUUCGAAUCACAUGGAAUCGGUGGCGAGGAUGGGCAUUUCGUCAUCACUCUCGACCGCAUGCAUCGAGUUAGCUUACAAGAAGAUGGGACUGCCAAGCUCCAAGCAGGCGCCGGAACAGGUCAUGUUGCCACUGAGUUGUACAAUCAGGGAAACCGAGCUAUACCACUCGGGCAAUGCCCGAGAUAA